GCCCACCUGCCCAUGGAGACCUCGGGAUUGGCCGUGCAUGGAGAGGCUGCACCUUUCUCAGCAGCGCUCAGAAGCCUUAUCAACAACCCCCUCUACAGUGAUGUCCGGUUUGUGGUUGGUCAGGAACGGCAGGAAGUGUUUGCCCACCGGUGCCUACUGGCCUGUAGAUGCAACUUCUUCCAGCGACUUCUGGAUACCAGGGUCCCUAGCCCCCUGGUGCUGAGCACUGUGCCAGCUGAGGCCUUCCUAGCAGUGCUGGAGUUUCUCUAUACUAACAGUGUCCAGCUGCACCGCAACUCUGUGCUGGAGGUGCUGACUGCUGCUGUGGAAUAUGGACUGGAGGAGCUUCGAGAGCUGUGCCUGGAGUUUGUGGGGAAGGUGCUGGACGUGGAGCUGGUGUGUGAGGCCUUGCAGGUUGCUGUGACCUUUGGCCUGGGUCCCCUGCAGGGGCGUUGCAUGGCUUUCAUAGAGGCCCACAGCCAGGAGGUGCUCCGCACGCGGGGCUUCCUGGAGCUGUCGGCGCCCGCGCUGCUUCUGCUGCUGCGCAGCGACAGGCUCGGCGUGGACGAGCCUGAGCUGGUCCUGGCCGCGCGAAGCUGGGCGCGCGUGGGCGCGGCGGUGCUGGAGCGGCCUGUGGCCGAGGUGGCGGCGCCGGUGGUGCGGGAGCUGAGACUGGCCUUGCUGGCCCCGGCGGAGCUGAGCGCCCUGGAAGAGCAGAACCGGCGGGAGCCGCUCAUCCCGGUGGAGCAGAUCGUGGAGGCGUGGAGAUGCCACGCCCUGCGGAGAGGGGAGACGGCCCGGGGCGCGCGGUGCCGUCGCCGGAGGGGCACCCUGCCCCGAGAGCAUCACCGCUUUCUGGACGCGCCUUUCAAGUGACUCCAGGCUGAGGCCACGCGGGAGGAACGCGAGACCCGCCCUGAACUACAACUCCCGGCAUG